UGCGGCUCCUCCCCACCCUUGGAGCGGCCAGUCGCUACCUUUUGGACUCCGUGAUCCCUGACGGACGUCAUGAGCAUUGCAAUCCCUCUGGGAGUCACCACACCAGAUACAUCCUACUCAGAUAUGGCUGCAGGAUCCGACCCAGAGUCCGUGGAAGCUAGUCCAGCUGUCGAUGAGAAGAAUGUGUACUCCAGUCAUGGCUAUGAGGCCACCCAGAGGCACAGCUAUCGAGGGCUGCCUUAUGCAGAUCAUAAUUAUGGAGCUCCUCCUCCUCCGACCCCUCCAGCAUCUCCCCCAGUUCAGACUAUCAUCCCUCGUGCUGAGCUGAAUGGCUUGCACUCACCUGACGAGGAGAACUCGGGGGACAGUGAGAGCUCCUCAGAGGGAGAGUCCAUUCCCAGCUGGUGUCACUGCACACUCUCUCAAGAUGGCUUCCUCAUCAAGUGUGACAAAUGCAGGGGAAUGAGCAGGGGGAAAGUGAUCAGACUCCGUCGCCGGAAGCAGGACAAUGUGUCAGGUGGAGACAGUAGUGCAACUGAGAGUUGGGAUGAGGAGCUCUCCCCCUCCACAGUGUUGUACACAGCUACGCAGCACACACCCACAAGCAUCACUCUCACUGUUAAUCGGGUACGCAGAAACAAACCUAAGAAGAGGAAGAGGAGUAUGGAGAAAGCUCGCACUGCACCAAAGGCCAAGAAAAUCAAGGCCUUUCGAGAAGGUUCACGGAAAUCUCUGCGGAUGAAGAAUUCUCCUUCUGAAGCACAUGCCCUGGAUGAGAACACAGCUGAGGGGUGGGAGAACCGGAUACGGCUCUGGACAGAUCAGUAUGAAGAAGCCUUUACUAACCAGUACAGUGCUGAUGUACAGAACCUUCUGGAACGGCAUCUAAGCACCAAUAAAGAAUUUGUGGGCAAAACUGCUGUGCUGGACACAAUCAACAAGACAGAGUUGGCCUGCAAUAAUACAGUUAUUGGGUCCCAGAUGCAGUUGCAGCUGGGAAGAGUGACUCGGGUUCAGAAGCACCGGAAGAUCUUGAGGGCAGCAAGAGACUUGGCAUUAGAUACCCUUAUAAUUGAAUAUCGAGGAAAGGUUAUGUUACGGCAGCAAUUUGAGGUCAAUGGGCAUUUCUUCAAAAAGCCAUACCCCUUUGUGCUGUUCUACUCGAAGUUCAACGGUGUGGAGAUGUGUGUGGAUGCGCGCACCUUUGGCAACGACGCCAGGUUCAUCAGGCGUUCCUGCGCACCGAACGCAGAGGUCCGUCAUGUGAUUGCUGAUGGAAUGAUCCACUUGUGUAUCUAUGCGCUCGCCUCCAUUGCCAAGGACACAGAGGUCACCAUCGCCUUUGACUAUGAGUACAGCAUCUGCAACUAUAAAGUGGACUGUGCAUGUCACAAGGGGAACAGGAAUUGCCCUGUACAGAAACGGAACCCAAAUGCUGCAGAACACCUACCUCCACCUGUUCUAGGCACACUGAUGAUGGGGGCAGAAACAAGGCGUCGGAAAGCCCGUAGGAAGGAACUAGAAUUGGAACAGCAGGGCAUUGCAUCAGAUGAGAACAGCAACCAGCAAGCGGAGGAGGUUCCAGAGGGACCUGCUGCAGCCAGCGACAAUGAGGCUGCAGAUAAAGAAGAGAAGCAAGAGGAGGGGGAGAGAGAGGAGGCUGUGGAUGAGCAGGGAGGCCUGGCUCACAGCAGACGGUCCCGGGAGGAGAGGAAGGUAGAAGCCAUCAUGCACAUGUUUGAAAACUUGGAGAAGAGAAAGAGAAGACGAGAGCAACCAUCAGAUCGGAGCAGCACAGAUGCCGAAUUCAUCGUUAACCCUGAGGCUUCUGAGUUGGAGGAGGUGAAAAUGGAGACUCCUGAAACUGAAGACAGCAGUUCAGCUUUAAGUGGGGCUGCUCCAAGCACUCCUAACAGCAGCAGCAAUGUUGGGGUGAACACACGGAGGUCCACACAGUCAGUAGAUGCAAUUCCAGAAAAGACGAUCACUAAGCCAGCUCCAGCCAAACCCUCCAGGCCCCGACCCAAAAGCCGUUUUUCUCGAUAUCGGACCAGUUCAGCACAAAGAUUGAGACGGCAGAAGCAGGCCAUUUCCCAGCAGACCGAGCUCUCCCAGGCUGUCCCAGAGGAGGGAAGCAGCGUCAGCUCAGUAACUGCUGCAGAUGUCAGCAGCAUAGAGGGUCCAGGAGAAAGUAGGCAAUUGAUGGGGUCUGACCCAACUGUGAUGCUGGCUGCAGGAUCCCAGUCUAACCGAGCCACAGUAAAGUACCCCAAAACUAAAAAGUAUCUAGUUACAGAAUGGCUGAAUGACAAGGCAGAAAAGCAGGAAUGCCCCAUCGAGUGUCCUUUACGUAUUACCACGGACCCCACUGUUUUGGCAACAACCCUCAACAUGUUGCCAGGUCUUAUCCACUCCCCACUGAUUUGUACCACACCCAAACACUACAUCCGCUUUGGCUCGCCUUUCAUCCCUGAGAGACGUCGAAGGCCUCUUCAGCUGGAUGGGAUAUACAGCUCCUGUAAAAAGCGCUGGAUGAAACAAGCCCUGGAAGAAGGGAUGACUCAGACCUCAUCUACUCCACAAGAGAACAGAACCCAAUGUCUAUACCAAAGUAACGAGAGCAGCAGCUCUUCUAGCAUCUGCAAGGACAAUGCAGACUUGCUGAGCCCCCUGAAGAAGUGGAAAUCUCGCUACCUGAUGGAGCAGAAUGUUACCAAGUUACUGAGGCCACUAUCUCCAGUCACCCCUCCACCUCCUGGCUCAAUGAGCCCACAACUCACCACACCCUGCUCAUCUCUGCCAGGAGAGGAGGAAAGUCGCAAUGGUUAUGGCAUGAUGUUUUCACCAAUUCCCUCUCUGGCUGCUAGUCGCUGCAAUACUCCACUACAGUUUGAGCUCUGCCUUCGAACGGACCUGGAUUUGGCAAAAGUGGGCUACCUGGAUUCCAAUGCUAACACCUGUCCAGAGAGGCCAUCGCUGCUGAGCUCAGGCCACUCUGAUCUGGCUCCACAGUCCUCCAUUCACUUCACUUCUGAGACCAACUUCCCAGGAAAGAGUGGGGAGGCACAGCUGCUGCUAAGAAGCUCCGAUCAGGCUUUUCGGACAGAGUUUAAUUUAAUGUAUGCCUUCUCCCCUUUGAACGCUAUGCCCCGUGUAGAUGGAUUGUUGCGGGCUUCCCCUCAGGUGGGAGACAGGAAGCCCCUGAGUUCAGAAGGGGGAUGUUGCAGCUCUCCUGCAGAUGGAUACUUCAGCAGACAUGAGCCGGGGCUUCUUAAAGAGACAUUGCAUGGAUCCAUGUCUCCUGGUGGUGAGAGGGUUUGUGAAGGAGUCAAAUCUGCUCCCCAAAACCCACCACAAAGGAAAAAGGUCUCUCUGCUGGAGUACCGCAAGCGAAAACAGGAAGCCAAGGAGGGAAGUGAUUCAGUGCGAUGCACAGUGACGCCGACCCGACAAGGCAGCAACAGCUCUGUGACUGACACAGAGGCCAGCAGUGUGCAGGGCUCAGUAGUCCGAGCCCCAUCCUCCCCACAAAGUGGCUGUUCUCCCUCACAUCCCCCCCUGCCUCACAUAGAGGAGAUCAGCCCACCAGACCUGAGGGUGGCUAGUUCCUCGACCUCACACUGCAAAUCCCAGGAGAACAUCAGCAGUAGGUGGAUGGUCCCCACAUCUGUGGAGCGGCUUCGAGAGGGCCGUGGUAUUCUCGAGAAGGUUCUGCGCAGUGGUGCAAAGAUAUCCCAGAGAGGAGAGCCCUCACCCACAAGUGACAGUGCUGCUGAGGGAGAUCCAGGUACUGCUGAUGGAGACACCCCAGAAGUUCUCAGUUCUGCACUCAAAGGACCAGCCGUUUACAGCCCUUCUAGAUACAGCUACCAGCUCCUGCAGUCUGACAGCCCCCGAGCAGAGUCCCAGGCUCUCCUUCAGCAGAGUUCCUCCCCCUACAGAGGACACUCUACUCCGUCUCCUGGGUACAGCUACCGAGCAGCUCCACCGAGAACAGGACACAACCCCGCUCAGGGCUCGUCAGAAGCAUCCCUUUCGUCCACCUCCUAUUCCAGCCCUGCCCAUUCAGUUUCCACGGACUCCCCAGCUCUGUUUGCAGGGAAUUCUGGGUAUUACAGCAGCCAGCAGCACUCUGGAAGCAUUAAUAGCAGCCUUCUGAAGAAGAGUCACUCUGCUGCUGCCAGUCCAGCACAGCAGGUUGCUGCAGACUCAGUAUCCUUGGGGUCGGUUUCCCAGCCCUGCACAGGAGCAUCAGGCUCCAGCUCUGCUCCCCAAAGUUCCAGAUCGUUGCAGUCAGACUUGCGGACUAUCAGCCUGCCUAAUUCUGGGCAGCCUGCUCUCCACCAGAGCUCCAGAGGGUCAGGGGUUUCCAGUUCACAGCACUAUCCACACCGUGGGGGAGGCAGUGUCCAUCAAUACAGACUGCAGCAGCUUCAAGGUCCAGGAGUAAAGACUCAGACAGGACUUUCCUAG